AUGGACGGUACUGCGAACUUGCGGACGGAUGUCGCGGACGACGAAGACAUCGAGGAAGAAGAGGAAGAAGAGGAGUUUGAGGAGGAGGAGGAGUUUGAGGAGGAGGAGGAAGAAGAAGAGGAAGAAGAGGAAGAGGAGGCUGAGUGGCAGCUUCGCCGCCGCCGCCGCCGCCGCCGCCGUCGUUCCUGUCCCCGUCCCCUUGAGUCUCAGCCGUCAAUCAAAGCAGACAGCGGAGCGUCGGCUGAAUCCGAAACAAUACUCGAAACCGAAUCCGAAGUGCCAGAUGUCAAAACUCCUACCAUCGUUGGUCCUUUGUAUUUAUCCUGGACCCCCGAAGAGGUGGCUGAAUGGAUCGACGCCUUGGGGUUUCCUCAGUACAAGGAGUGUUUUACUGCAAAUUUUAUCUCAGGACGGAAACUCAUAUAUGUAAACUGUUCAAAUCUGCCACAGAUUGGGAUUACUGACUUUGAACAUAUGAAGGAAAUUUCACGGCAUGUGCGACAAUUGCUGGAAAUAGAGGAGCCCCUUUUUGCCAGAAGUAUCUCUCUCCCACCUCGAGAUAACACUGGGUUGUUUUUAGAACAAAAGUCUCGUACUGGAAAACACAGUGAUGCUCUUAGUUAUGCUCAGUUUGUUCAAGAAGAAGGACUACAAGAUUAUGAACCAAAGCCUUCAACUCCAGUAUAUGAAUAUGAACCCCAGCCUUCAACUCCAUCGUAUGAAGAACUACAGAAAACUAGUUCACUUUCCUCAAAAUAAACAAAAGAGUUAGUAUUUAUGUUUCACUUGUUUCAGAUAUUACAUUGUAAUAGUUCUCUGUGUUUUUACUUUAGUUUUCACUGGGAACAAAGUUGUAUAUGGAUGCAGUUUAAUCAGUAUCCUAAUCCUAAACAUGAUAAAUAGUAUAAUCAUGGAGGAAGUGCUUACUGAUGCAAAACAGAAAUUUUUGCACACCAUUAAUAGAAAAUAAAGCCAUAUGUAAACAC